CACACCCCGAACCCACGGGACGCGAGACGGACCGACGGAACCCGUCACACAUCAGCGCCCGCGCUCCCGGAACACCAACCGACAGCCGCAUCUCGCAGUACGGGUCAUGACGCUGGAAGCGAUCCGGUACCGGUCCGGGUCUCUGCAGAUCCUCAACCAGCUGCUGCUGCCGCGGGAAACCGUGUACGACGAGAUCCGCUCGGUGCGGGACGGAUAUGAGGCCAUCAAGAGCAUGAAGGUGCGUGGCGCUCCUGCCAUCGCCAUCGUGGGCUGUCUGAGUCUGGCGGUGGAGCUGCGGGCAGGCGCCGGCGCUGAAGACCUGGUCUCCUUCGUCAGGGACUCUCUGUGCCACCUGACCUCCGCACGACCCACCGCCGUCAAUAUGGGCAGAGCCGCGCGAGAACUUAUGGAGUUUACUGAGAACGAGAGCAUGGAGAAGAACACAGAGCAGCUCAGAGACAGCGUGAUUGGCUGGAUCGAGGAAAUGUUAGAGCGAGAUGUGAACGACAACAAGAAAAUCGGCAACUACGGCGCGCAGCACAUCCUGUCUGGUGUCCCGCGAGACUCGGUCACCAUCCUCACACACUGCAACACCGGCAGCCUCGCCACCGCCGGAUACGGCACAGCGCUCGGAGUGGUGCGGUCGCUGCACAUGCUGGGCCGGUUGAAGCGUUUGUACUGCACAGAGACAAGGCCCUACAACCAGGGGGCCCGACUGACGGCGUACGAGGCCGUGGCUGAGGGCUUUCCAGCAACACUCAUCACAGACAGCAUGGCGGCGCUAGCUAUGAGGGAGAAGAGCAUCACAGCUGUCGUCGUUGGAGCGGACAGAGUCGUUGCAAACGGCGACACGGCGAAUAAAGUGGGCACGUAUCAGCUGGCCAUUGCUGCUAAGCAUCAUGGGAUACCGUUUUACGUGGCAGCGCCAAGCACGUCCUGUGAUUUGAGUCUGGAGAGCGGACGAGACAUCGUGAUCGAGGAGCGUCCCGCGGAGGAGCUGACUAGUAUCAACGGAGUCCCUGUAGCUGCACCGGGGAUUGACGUGUGGAACCCGGCGUUCGACGUCACUCCUCAUCAGCUGAUCACAGGCGGCAUCAUCACGGAGCUCGGGGUGUUUCUGCCGUCUGAACUGCAGGCUGCUCUGACCGGGAGACUCACGGCUCUGUGAGGCCCACAGCGCCCCCGCAGGCCCGGAGGAGCCACUGCAGCCGCUCCACCACUCGCCUCCGUCUCGAUUUCACCUCACCGCGGUGGAAGUUGCACCUUUAAUUACACACACAAGCGUCGCACGAGGUGUUUAACAAGGUAUACGCACGUUCCAUUCGGUUCAACACUUACAAAGUCGAGUGUAAAAACACCAAGUGACACACAACCCAGGGAUGCUUGUAAACACACACACACACACAAACACACACUCUUUCUCCUUCUCUCUGUGUGUACAGCUCAUGUCACAUCAUCUCAUGUCUUUCGUCUUCAUCGUUGUGAAAACUUCACGCCAUCUGUUGCUUUUGUUUUCCACUCGUUUCUUCCCCUCUUUCUGGCUCAGCUCCAGCUUUUAUUGACAGGAAGUGUAUCACGGAGAUGAUGAAGCGCGGAGCCGUCGAGAACAUUCAGAGGAUUUCAAAAUAAAAGUUGAUUAUUA